AGGAUGCCAAGCCUGUGCCAAGUUACCUUGAAGUCGAACACCUGCUAUUCUACGGAUUGUUCCAUCGGGGAGGGCAGCUACACGGGGCACUGCCCAUUGCCUCCGGCGAGCGCAGGAACCUGAUUAUCUGGAUGCGGUCAUCCGCUGUCCGCAACCACCUGUGUCCCAUGUGCAACAGGCAGCCUGACCUCGUAGAAGCAGACGGAUUUGGAGACGGUUUCACUGGGGUUUUGGAGGGCAGCCCACCUGGCACCACAGACAUUUGCUCGGUAACAUAGAAAGACGAUGGAGGGAGAACCUUUCACCUGGAUCUUAAUAAAUUUUCAAAAUCCGA